CGCCCAAGUCCCUUUUCUCUCUUCACCUCACCUCGUGGGCAGUCGUUCGUUUCUAAUCCGCCUCCACCACGCCCGCAGUCUUCACCUUACCCCAGUCAUUCUUUUGGGCCUGGAGAGCGUUUGUUAUUGUAUCUGACACACUUGGCUCCGCUGUCGCUAUUGCUUCUUUCACCGCCGCCAACGCCGUACACGUGCAUAUAGUUUCAGUCCUGACACUACCCCAAACCGCCACAUAACGACCUCACGUUGCUAUUAAUCAUAUUCGUGCAAUCGCCAUCUUGAUCAGCUGCACGCGCCUACAUCGCCGUCGACCACCACCGCCAGGAUCGCUAUUGUUUUGGAAGCUUGAGCAGCCGCGUUGGAUACGUGAACGGGCGCGAGAUAGAUCAUAGCACCAUGCAACACCACCACCACAACCACAUGCAUCACCAUGCAAGGAGGCAUGCGCACGCCGACGUGCCCAGCACAGGCAGCCGCACCCUCAUGGAGAAUGCAACACGCGCGCUCGCAGCCCGAGCCGCCUCGACUUGCACAAACGACAGCGACGCUGGCUGCACGAAGCCCACACAGACACCCACACUGGCAAUUGUGCUUGCCAUAGCAGUACCCGUGUGUGGAAUGGCAGUCGUCAUGUUCUUCCUCCAUCGCAGACACCAGAAGAAGCAGCGGGAAGAAGAUAUCAAGGACAAGUACAAGUCACUCGAUUUCGGCGUCGAGCCCAAGGCAGGAGGCAUUGUGGGGGCAAAGAAAGGCCCUGAAAUGUCCAUCAAGGACAUCGAGAAGGAGCUCCAGCAAGCGCACGGGCGCGGCAUAUCGCUGGAGCACGGAAGCCCAUAUAUCCUGCCUGUUGGCCUGCACGGCUCGCAAGAGUCGUUGCAUUCGCUCUCUCGAUCGACCCACGACCCGCACGACCCCUACAACCCUGUCACCUUCAUGAACGACGGCCAGAGCAUGCGCAGUGGCAAUCGGGCAUACGGACGCGAUAAUGGCUCCUUGUACACGACAUCGAGCACAGGAACCGACGGUCUUGGCCUGCUGAAGAACGCGCAGAGGAUGUCCCAUUCUCCAGCCAUGCGUGGCCAAUCUCUGUCUCCCGACGGCACACGCUCCCCCGAAUUGCAGUUCCCUGACCCAACGGCUGUUGCCCUGAGCCCGUUGAACCCGCGCUUCGAGGAACGAACUUCGCCUUCAUCCGGACUGCCUGUUACAUCGCUGGACACCAGGAACCCUGUCCCGACCAUCACCUUCCCCGAGGUUACAGCCACUGACAAACAAGUAUCCAAGUCGCCCGUCCAGACAACGAACCCAUAUUUCCCUCCGGCGCGCAUUCAGUCACAGCAGGCUAUCCUUCAUGAGAACGGCAAUACCACGAGCAUCAUCAGCACCUCUAGCUAUGGCGACGCCUUCCAGGUCACUCCACCGUCCCCUCGUCAAAGCACUAGCAAGAUCACGGAAGAGAAGGGUCCUCUAUCGCCUGCACCUCUACGCCCCCAGCACAGUGGCCCACAGAGCAAUGGCCUUGCGGUUGACGAAUCUGCUGGAAACACCAACCGUCUAUCCAUGAGCCUGCGCCCUAUGCCCCCACCGUCUGAUGAUCCCGAGGAGAACCCCGAGCAGCGUGCAAACCGUAUCCGAUCCUUCUACAAGGAGUACUUCGAUGACUCUAAGCCCGAACCCGCUGGAGGUCACGUUUACACGGAUUACGUCGAGGACUAUGGCUCAGAGUACCUCGACGGUACCGUAUUCGACCCUCAAUCCAAGGCUUUCGUCGUCUCUCGACCAAAUGCUCCGUUUGCUGAGCCCGUUACCCGCCGUGCCAUGACACCUCCCCCACGCGCACCCCCUCGUUUCCGAAGCAACACUGGCACCCUCACCCCGAAUGGGCCGGGAAGCCCAAUGUCCUCGCCGCGCAACUUCCCACCGCGAAACAUGUCGUCGAUGAGCGGACAGAUGGCAGCACCAACACCAAGAAAACCCAUGCCACCUCCUGCCGCUCUGUCUUCGUUGCCUACGCCUGCCAAAUUGACUGAGAACUCGAUGGUCUUCAAUGCGAACGACUUCGCGCCACCUGUCUCCUACAGGGACAGGCAGAACGGUAUGAGGCCUGACAGCCCCUUGGGCGCCCCCAGGCCUUUCAGCCCUGCAGUAAGACCGCACACGCCUUUGGUGGGCUCUUACGAUGACCUGCCUGUCAUGCCAAGCCCACAUUUGCUUCGCCAGUCGAGCACUUUCACUGCUCUCGAUUUCGCACCCCCGCCACGCUUCCAGAACGAGGGCUCCAGAGACUCUGAUGCUGGUUCCAUCCGUUCCAACCGUUCUGGCAUGUCAGCAACUGGCCGAUUCGCCGUUCGCAGUGGAGCAAAUCGUGUGAGCAGGAUACCAAAGGAGAUGGUCACUACUAGGGAGGAUCUCGCGAGCCAGCUCCGACCUCAGAUGAGCUUGGUCAGUAAGGCAUAAACCUUGGUGGGGUCUGCUUGCUAGCUACACCAUUCUCAUGCGCAUUUGACUGCAAUAUCAACAUUUCCUUCUUGGCUCACUGGUUGAGCUGCUCUCCUCUCCAUAGCCAAAAGGUCGCAUCGAAUGCCUCUUUCCUUUCACCGCGGACAUGACGACUCUCUUCAAGCAGCAUAGCAUAGAUAGCGUGCGUUUACUUAUUCUUCAACUUUUUUCUACAUUGCUCGCUGCCCCUUGCGAUACCUUGUAUAGACACUCUCUUGCUCUCUUUCCCUUUCUGAUUGCGGUAAAACGUUUCACACGUGGCACGCAGAUGCUUCUCUCUUGGCUCGUAUAGCGGUUAGCGGGAAGGCAUGGCGUUAAUUGUGUAAUUUUUAUUUUGUGAAGGUAGUCAUUUGAGGAAGAACAGAGAAACCAAGAGUGAGAAGCGUGGAUGUUGUGGAUGUUUGUACAUAUAGACGAAAAUAUGAAAGGAAUUCUCAGUUAC